CCUCUGCCACUGCGGGGAGACCUAGGCGGCUCUGCGGACGCAGCUCCUUCGCCGCCUUCCCCCUCCCGCCCGGUGCCCAGGCGGCUCCUGGUGGCGACGCUGUUCUGGGUGGGAGGCGCGGCCGGGCGGCAGCUGAGCUCUCCGCGCGGUGCAGCCAGCUCUCCCGCCCGCGCGGCGCCGUGACAGGUGCAGAGCCCCCGCCCGAGACCUACCUGCAGGGGCUGUCGAGAUGCCCACCAUGCGGAGGACAGUGUCGGAGAUCCGCUCUCGUGCGGAAGGUUAUGAGAAGACAGAUGAUGUCUCAGAGAAGACCUCUCUGGCUGAUCAGGAGGAAGUGAGAACCAUAUUCAUCAACCAGCCUCAGCUGACAAAAUUCUGCAACAACCACGUCAGUACUGCAAAAUACAACGUGAUCACCUUCCUUCCGAGAUUCCUCUAUUCUCAGUUCAGAAGAGCGGCUAAUUCCUUCUUUCUCUUUAUUGCCCUGCUCCAGCAAAUUCCUGAUGUGUCGCCGACGGGUCGUUACACAACACUGGUUCCUCUCUUGUUUAUUUUAGCUGUGGCAGCUAUCAAAGAGAUAAUAGAAGAUAUUAAACGACACAAAGCCGAUAAUGCCGUGAACAAGAAACAGACACAAGUUUUGAGAAAUGGUGCUUGGGAAAUUGUUCACUGGGAAAAGGUGGCAGUGGGGGAGAUAGUGAAGGUGACCAAUGGGGAGCAUCUCCCAGCAGAUCUCAUCAGUCUGUCCUCAAGUGAGCCCCAGGCCAUGUGCUACAUCGAGACAUCCAACUUAGAUGGUGAAACAAACCUGAAAAUUAGACAAGGUUUACCAGCAACAUCAGAUAUCAAAGACAUUGACAGUUUAAUGAGAAUUUCUGGCAGAAUCGAGUGUGAAAGCCCAAACCGACAUCUCUACGAUUUUGUUGGGAACAUAAGGCUUGACGGACAUGGCACGGUUCCCCUGGGAGCAGACCAGAUCCUUCUUCGAGGGGCUCAGUUGAGAAACACUCAGUGGGUUCACGGGAUAGUUGUCUACACUGGACACGACACCAAGCUGAUGCAGAAUUCCACAAGUCCACCGCUUAAACUCUCCAAUGUGGAGCGGAUUACAAAUGUGCAAAUUCUGAUUUUAUUCUGCAUCUUAAUCGCCAUGUCUCUUGUGUGCUCUGUGGGCUCAGCCAUUUGGAACCGAAGGCAUUCUGGGAAAGACUGGUACCUCCAUCUACACUAUGGUGGCGCUAGUAAUUUUGGACUGAACUUCCUGACUUUCAUUAUCCUUUUCAACAACCUCAUCCCCAUCAGCUUGCUGGUCACAUUAGAAGUGGUGAAAUUUACCCAGGCAUACUUCAUAAAUUGGGAUCUCGACAUGCACUAUGAGCCCACGGACACUGCAGCAAUGGCUCGGACUUCUAAUCUGAAUGAGGAACUUGGCCAGGUUAAAUACAUAUUUUCCGACAAAACCGGGACCCUGACGUGCAAUGUGAUGCAGUUCAAGAAGUGCACCAUCGCGGGCGUGGCUUACGGCCAUGUCCCCGAACCUGAGGAUUAUGGGUGCUCGCCCGAUGAAUGGCAGAGCUCACAGUUUGGAGAUGAGAAAACCUUUAAUGAUCCAUCGUUGCUGGAAAAUCUUCAGAAUAACCAUCCAACCGCACCUAUCAUCUGUGAAUUUCUCACAAUGAUGGCCGUCUGCCACACAGCUGUACCAGAGAGAGACGGGGAGAAGAUCAUUUAUCAGGCAGCGUCGCCAGAUGAGGGAGCACUGGUCAGAGCCGCCAAGCAGUUGAAUUUUGUCUUCACUGGAAGAACUCCUGACUCUGUCAUCAUAGAUUCACUGGGGCAGGAAGAGAGAUAUGAAUUGCUCAAUGUCCUAGAGUUCACCAGCUCUAGGAAAAGGAUGUCGGUGGUGGUUCGCACUCCAUCCGGGAAGCUACGGCUUUACUGCAAAGGAGCUGACACGGUAAUUUAUGAACGACUUGCAGAGAGUUCAAAGUACAAAGAAAUUACCCUAAAACACUUGGAACAGUUUGCUACAGAAGGGCUGAGGACUUUGUGUUUUGCUGUGGCCGAGAUUUCUGAGAGUGACUUUGAGGAGUGGCGGGCCGUUUACCAGCGCGCAUCCACGUCAGUGCAAAACAGGUUGCUGAAGCUGGAGGAGAGCUACGAGCUCAUCGAAAAGAAUCUUCAGCUACUUGGAGCUACGGCCAUUGAGGACAAAUUACAGGACCAAGUGCCUGAAACCAUAGAAACUCUAAUGAAGGCUGACAUCAAAAUAUGGAUCCUUACUGGGGACAAGCAAGAAACUGCCAUUAAUAUUGGACACUCCUGUAGACUUCUGAGGAGGAACAUGGGAAUGAUCGUUAUAAACGAAGGCUCUCUUGACGGCACGAGGGAAACGCUCAGCCGCCACUGCACCACCCUCGGAGACGCUCUCCGGAAGGAGAAUGAUUUCGCUCUCAUAAUCGAUGGGAAGACCCUCAAAUAUGCCUUAACCUUCGGAGUCCGGCAGUAUUUCCUGGACUUAGCUCUGUCCUGCAAAGCUGUCAUUUGCUGCAGGGUUUCUCCUCUUCAGAAGUCUGAGGUUGUUGAGAUGGUUAAGAAACAAGUCAAAGUCAUCACGCUUGCCAUCGGAGACGGAGCAAAUGACGUCAGCAUGAUACAGACGGCCCACGUUGGUGUGGGGAUUAGCGGCAAUGAAGGUUUGCAGGCAGCCAACUCUUCAGAUUAUUCCAUCGCUCAGUUCAAAUAUUUGAAGAAUUUGUUGAUGGUUCACGGUGCCUGGAAUUACAAUAGAGUCUCCAAGUGUAUCCUGUACUGCUUCUACAAGAACAUCGUGCUGUACAUCAUCGAGAUCUGGUUUGCCUUUGUCAAUGGCUUUUCUGGACAGAUCCUCUUUGAAAGGUGGUGUAUAGGGCUCUAUAAUGUGAUGUUUACAGCAAUGCCUCCCCUGACGCUCGGAAUAUUUGAGAGAUCAUGCCGAAAGGAGAACAUGUUAAAGUAUCCUGAGCUGUACAAAACGUCCCAGAAUGCUCUGGACUUCAAUACCAAGGUUUUCUGGGUUCAUUGUUUGAACGGCCUCUUCCACUCAGUUAUUCUGUUUUGGUUCCCACUAAAAGCCCUUCAGUAUGGCACGGUAUUUGGAAAUGGGAAAACCUCAGAUUACCUGCUUCUGGGAAACUUUGUUUAUACAUUUGUAGUGAUAACUGUGUGCUUGAAAGCUGGGCUGGAAACCUCCUACUGGACAUGGUUCAGCCACAUCGCCAUCUGGGGCAGCAUUGCGCUCUGGGUGGUAUUCUUUGGGAUCUACUCAUCUCUGUGGCCUGCCGUUCCCAUGGCCCCCGACAUGUCUGGAGAGGCAGCCAUGCUCUUCAGCUCUGGAGUCUUCUGGGUUGGCCUGCUCUCUAUCCCCGUGGCGUCCUUGCUCCUGGAUGUGCUGUACAAAGUCAUCAAGAGGACAGCCUUUAAAACAUUGGUGGAUGAAGUUCAGGAGCUCGAAGCAAAAUCUCAAGACCCAGGCGCAGUCGUACUUGGCAAAAGCCUCACGGAGAGGGCACAGCUGCUCAAAAAUGUCUUUAAGAAGAACCACGUGAAUCUGUACCGCUCUGAGUCCUUACAACAGAACCUGCUCCACGGCUAUGCGUUCUCUCAAGAUGAAAAUGGCAUCGUCUCACAGUCUGAAGUGAUUAGAGCCUAUGAUACCACGAAACAGAGGCCAGAUGAGUGGUGAUUGGCAGGCCUAAGCCACCGGCCCCCCGCUGUGUCUCUGAGGAGCGCUGUCACAGUCUAAGGUCAUCACUGCAACCUGCUGACCAAUUCCAGUCUGGUCCCUGGGGAGAAAAGGUGGAUCUGAGCUCAUCUCACAGAUGGAUUUCACGGACAUAAGUGCUAUGUGACUGCUGUAACACCAUCGUCCUCGGAUGUCCUCAAGUACCUGCUGAGGCUUUGUAAACCGAUACUGGAAAUUACCUUGUUUCUUGCCAGAGUGCUUUCUCAAAAUGGGGACAGGUCAGUGUUCACAAGCCGUCCCUCUGGGACUGUAACUAUUGUUCAUUGGAUCAACCACCAGUCAAUCAACCAUUUAAAAGAAACAACAACGGCUCAGAGGCGAUGUCAAGGGAAGGACUCUCGAUAUCCAGACUUAGAGUACAGGAUAUGGUGGAAUAAGCCAGUUCACUCUACUGAGCCCUUCUAAACAAGGCAUUAAUACAUGUUUGUGUCAAAGAUGUCUUGCUAAGUGUUUGCCAAAGACGUCCAGUGUUUGUGUUUCUCAUUCAGUCGUCAUUUGCCCAGAAAUUUAAAAGAAAGUAUCCUCACAGUACCUCUGUAUGAUCUGCAUGCUUGACUUUUCAAACAUGAGUGCGACUUAAAAAUCUGAGCAUUUCCAGGCGUUUGCUACUAAAAUCUGUGAUGUUGCACCUUCGGCCUUACAACCGCUUUCCUGUCUCCCUGUCGUUUGUGUUCUUCAUUUGUUCUAGUCGGAGGGACGUGUGUCCGUGUGACCGUUGCUUUGACACUAAUUUUUUUCUUUUCUAAUUGUACUGUCUGUCAUUUCUGAUGAACUUUAGACUCCUUUAGACGUUCCUAAAAACUAUCUGGCUUCUGCCGUGUAUUGAGUGACGUGGCUUGGUCUUCAGUUUUCCCCCUCCUAAGAAAAUUGCCCUUACAUAUUUAUGUGGGAUUUCCAAAGACCUUUGGGGUAAUCCGUGAGAUAAUGCAUGGGCUUUUUGUCAUGUACAUAGGCUCAGCUUUUGUCCUGUGCUGUUUGUUCCUCACCGUGCGCUCCCACUGGAGACGAUAUAUGUAGCACAGUCGGUCUCAUGGUGACUACCCAUAUGCUUAAGCCUGAAAAUUCUUUCACAGUUCCCUCAGCCAACACCUCCCGAAGCAAGUCACAUACCGCAUAUUGACACGAGACAGAUACGUAGCCCGUUUCCCUCAUUUUAAGGGCAUACCUAUUUGCUCAAGCUUAAAACCUUACAGUCAAUGAAUACUUCUCAUCGUGAGUAGGGUUCGCUGAUACAUUUUCAAAUAUGCGUUCUCUCUGAUUAGUUUGGCAUCUCCAUGAAAUCUCCUGGGGAAAAAAAAUGCCUAUUUUGCUACAAACAGUAAAUGGUGAAGGGGCUGUUUAAAAACCACACCCAGUUUUCUACAGUUUUUAUGGUAUUUUUUUCAUCUUAAAAGAUAAAAAAUAAAGGGGGGAGAUCUAGUUUUCAGAUACACUUCGGAGAUUGAAACAAACUCUUCUGCCUUCUACUCCAAAGCCUGUUUGCCUUUAUGUGGAUUACCAGCAAAAUAGACCUUUAAAUGUGUGCGAGGACUAGCUUGAAAAGGGGGUUUCUCCAUGUUACCCCACUAAAUCAUUUCAUUGUUUUCCUCCCUUUCUCUUGGUCUGAAUUUAAAAUUAGACUGUGUGUCUCUUCCUUCUCUAAAUCUGUCGCUAGUUACCAAUGCAUCUCCACAUUCCCUGAAAUAAGAGGUUCUAAAAAUUCACAUAAUUCUAAAGGGAGCAGAGUGGACAUACUCACAUCUCAAACCAUCCUGUUUAUUAGAGCUUAGAUCAGCCAACACAGAAUCAAAAUGUCUAACAGAACCACACACAUAGAAUCUAAGCUGAUCUUCCAGAUUGUGAGGCUGUAGACUGAGCCGUCUACCAGCUGAAUCUGGAGAAUGGAUUCUCCUCAGCCUCCUGCUGGUGACAAUUGAGGUCAUAACCCCCAAGAUGACAGGUUAUCCGAGAAAGGCUUGCUCCCCUCUGCUCCAGCUAUCAGAGGUAUCUGUCUCCAGAUUCCUCACAUCAGAACAUCGUAAAUGAGAAUGGGAUCUUCUGACCUCUGCAUGGAAAUCUAAAGUCAUCCUUUUACCCUGAAUCAUGAAUUAUUUUGGUGGAAUUCUUCCUCCUGAGGACACUCACGGUUAGUCAGUUAUAUAUCAUACCCUGAAAAUGAGACUCUCUAAGCCUUUUGUCGCUGGAUCCUGUGUUUGAAUGACAGGCAUUAACUUGGGCUCUCUGGUCUUAAGUUUGGGAGAGCACAGGGAGUGGCCAUUUCGAUAAAACUUGAAAUAGAGUCUUGCUAUUGCAGCGAGUUCAUUAAUCCUCUCGAGUGUCUAACCUUUGUCAGCCGGGGAAAAGGCACAUGGUUUUACCGUGGACUUGAAUGGCUGCGCUCAAAGUGACUUUAAGCCUAUGUUUUCUGAAAUAAACAGCAUAUAACUCCAAUUUAAAAGUCCCCAAUAGGGAGGGGACUCGGGUAAAUGCUGACAUGACUGCUUUGUAACAUAUACAAUCCAGAAAAUACUGUUUGUAGCAGAAAACCUCCUUACUUUAGAAUUGAAACGCUGGGAGGUGAAUCAUUCACGCUGGGUUGGGAUAUCGCACAGUCGCGUAGAGCACAGACUUUCUCCGUGUGUUAGAUAUACACCUCACAAUUCACUGGUGUCUCACACGUGAAGGAUGCUCUAUUAGGGGAAGUAUUAGCAGGAAAGCAAUGUUCUGGGGAACGUAGGACACUUAACCUGGUAAAUGUGCCUCAUGGCUGGCACCCCACUCAGUGCUCCCUGUGAAACAGCAUCCGCAGCCAGGAGAACUUACUGGGUUGCUCUCUCUCUCACCCCGGCCGGUGAAGGGAGACUACCAAUAAGGGAGCCAUGGAUGUGUUAUCGUUGAAGAGUCAGGGAGUCCUUUUCCUUUCCAACAGGCAAACUGGAUUCUAGAAAUAACCUGCGUGUUGUCUCAGCAUUUAAUGAUAUAUUUUAACUUUUCAGUUCACUGUCCCAGAUAGCUGGUGUGAUGUCCACAGGUUAAUUUGUUCUAUACUUAGCGCCACACUCAUAACCUGUGACUGAGAAAUGCCCUUUCGGAAAACAAAUGCUAGUCAGAAAGCCACGGAUGGCAUCAUUUUAAAUCAGUGUGUAACUAUUAGAAAGCUACCUGUUCAUCAGACGUUUGGUUGUUGAUGGUUCCUGGUCUUAUAAUUAAACUACAAAAUUUAUCAAAGAAAUGCCCCACUCAUUCACCCCAUGGUGAGCAAGUGUGUAGGAUUCCUUCUGUCCAUGGCUUACAAUAACACCGUGUGGCUUCUGUGCCUCUUAAAUGCUUUGUAAUAAUGAGUAUUUCUGGACUAUUUCAUAAACAUAUCAUAGUCUGAUUUUUCUCACAUUAAAAUAAAACACUUGUGAAACUUAGUUAUACUUUGCUGUGUUUUAAUUAACCUUCAACAGUUAUUAAAGUGGAAUGUAAGUUAAAUUUUAAGAAAGGAAAUAAAUGCCCUUCGUGUUUCAUACUGAUUUAUUUUCUGUAGGAGAACAGCUGUUUGAGUUUUUUGGUGUGUGUGUGUCUGUGUGUGUGUGAGGUUUUUUUUUUUAUAGAUUUGUGGUUUGCAUGAAUUAAUAUUUAAGAUGAUUCAGGUAAAUGCAUGGCUUUUGUGUAAAUCCUCAUAUUUAUUUCUGUCUUGUGAAACUUCACCACGGCCUAAGUAGAAUUGAAGAGUCAAUGGACACAUUAAUCGGUCCUCCACACAACUUUUUUUCUUUUAAAUAAAUGGUUGUUUUACAAGUUUCAACAAAUUUAGCUGAAUCCUUUGUAUUUAAUUGAAUCUUCUGUUUAGCUUGCCUCCAAGAACUCUUUAGAAAGUUCACGAAACUUCUCAGCAAAUAAAUCUUCCUUAAGUAGGAAGAAAGGUGGACUGGCCUGUGUGCUCACUUUGAAUUAACAGCGACUUUCCAUUGGUAAGUAUGCUCCAGUGGAGAUGAGAUUCCCAGUCAUAGACUAGAAGCCAUAAAUGUAGCCAGUGCCCUCUGUAGCCUCUUCGGGCUCACUUCUCACCUUCUCAAGUGUAUGACGUUAGAGUAAGAAGGCAGCCUUGGAAGGCAGCUGUGAAAAGCCACAGUUUGUUUUAAAAGUAAAAUCGACAUUCAGCUCCGUGGAAAAGCCAUUCCUGCUGAAACUGCUGUAAAGAUUGUGGCACUGCAUGAGUGGAUGAAUCCGUGCUUAAAGUGGUUCUCUCAGGUCUGUGUAUCCUGAUGUUUGAUGCACUGUGUUUUCUACAUAGUUACAAAUGUUGAGUAAAAUCCAUUUCUAUGCACUGUUCCCUGUCAUCAGCCUUUUGUGAAUGUGCAUGUUUUAAACUGCAAAUUUUAAACAUUUUGUCCUCUAAUUGUUACUAAAAAGAGAAAAUAAACUUUACCAUUACAUAAAGGAA